UAUUCACACCAAAUCCCUUUUGCAAUCAAUCAAAUCCAUGACUCUAUGAGUACAUAUAGCACCGACAAACACACUACACAGUACACACCCACGUUUAGCUGGCUAAAUUACGAGUAUUUUCCCAUAUUAAUCACGUCAAAAAUAUAAAUAUAAUCCCACAUCCCAUCUAGAAGCGGGAAAUCCAAAAAUAAUCAACAGUCUUAAAAUUUUCCCAGAAAAAUACAAUAAAAAAUGGGUUCUCUUCCUGCACAAUCAAACCCCAUAAUUCAUGAAGAACAACAAAAGUUAAACGAAUCAACCCUCUUAAACCUCUUCAAAUCGCAACAGACUUAUCUAAAUUACUUCUUCCAACACUUAGAUCUCUCACAAACCCUGAAAUUCACCCAGAUUUUGCUGAAUUCUAAGGGAACAAUCUUCUUCACCGGGGUUGGUAAAUCUGGGUUUGUAGCCCAGAAAAUUUCUCAGACUUUGAUUUCUCUGGGGAUCCGAGCUGGGUUUCUCGCUCCUGUCGAUGCCCUUCAUGGGGACAUCGGAAUUCUCACGAGGAACGACGUCGUUGUGUUGUUUAGCAAGUCAGGGAAUAGCGAGGAAUUGAUUAGAUUAGCCCCCUGUGCCAAAGCUAAGGGUGCUUAUUUGGUUGGAAUUACUUCCAGUUUGAGUAAUAAUUUGAUGGGUUUUUGUGAUCUUAAUGUGCAUUUGCCUUUGGAGAGAGAAUUGUGCCCCUUCGAUCUAGCUCCGGUCACUUCCACGGCUAUCCAGAUGGUUUUUGGGGAUACCGUGGCAAUUGCGUUGAUGAGUGCUAGGAAUUUGACCAAGGAGGCUUAUGCUGCUAAUCAUCCUGCUGGCAAGAUUGGGAAGAGUCUCAUUUUUAAGGUGAAGGAUGUGAUGAAGAAGCAAGAGGAACUUCCUGUUUGCAAGGAAGGAGACCUUAUAAUGGAUCAGCUAGUUGGGCUUACCACUGGAGGAUGUGGAUGCCUUCUCGUUAUUGACGAUAAUUACCAUCUAAUUGGCACCUUUACAGAUGGAGACUUGAGGCGUACACUUAAAUCUAGUGGAGAGGGAAUCUUCAAGCUUACAGUUGGAGAGAUGUGCAACAGGCACCCUAGAAUCAUAGGGCCUGAUGCAAUGGCAGUUGAGGCAAUGCAAAAGAUGGAAUCUCCACCAUCCCCUGUGCAAUUUUUGCCUGUCAUUAAUGAUCAAGACAUUUUGAUCGGGAUUAUUACCUUGCACGGUUUAGUCUCUGCAGGUUUAUGACUUUACACAUCCUCGUCUGUUUGAUUAGCAUCACUAUUCUUUCUAAUAGGUCCACUACAGUUUCUCUCUUUCCUCCUUUGUCAAAAUAGAAAAUCACUAGGCAGUUAUUAAGACUAUGCAUCAGAGUGAUGCUGAUUCAUGCUUUGUUGUUUUCAUGUACGGCAUUCUUUCCCAAUGUAGAAGCUUCUUGUUUACUAGGCUUCCUAUAUAUAUCUGUAUAACCUCAUCAAGUUUUUCUACUUGACAAUAUUCUUCUUUCCAGCUUA